GCGGGGAAGCGGAAAGCUGGGGUUGCGCCAGGGAAGCGCACGGCGGGGGUUGCACCAGGGGAUGGGAACGGUGCCAAAAAAAGGCAAAAUUACACCGACCGGUGGGAGAAAAUUCUCGAAGGCCAACGGCAAAGACGACAAUGCCAACUAUGAUUCCGACGGCAGCAUCCGGGGGGGGGGGCGUAGACCACAAGCAAACCCCGGGCGCCUUCGCUACCAUGUCGCAGAACCGGAAUAACUGGUCAUGGCCAUGAAGACGAUUCCGGAGCGGGGUUACAAGCGGGCGUUCUGGCUGACCAACAAGAGGAGGGCGCUGGGCAUGAAGCUCAAGACGAUCGACGACGAGGAGAAGGCGAGGCUCAAGAAGGCGGAUGAGAGAAAAGAAAAACAGCAUCGACCACGCGAGGAGGUGGAGGUGGAGGAGCGGCGGGAGAGGGAGGAGCCAGAGGAGCAGGAGCAGCAGCAGUAG